GCCAAACGCAAGAAUAGCCUACAUUAUACAUGCAUGUUCUUCUAAUAUCUUCUCAAUUAAAGCUUACAAAUAGUCCUGCAUUAAAAAGAGACACACAUGCAGUCUAUCUGGAGGAAGUGCAUUUGCAUGAAGUGACCACCGGGGCAGUUUCUUAUGAAGUGCAUGGCAUCCGGAGGCGGGAUUUGUUUCUGCUCAGCGGGAAUGUAUUUGAAGCCGUACGACAUUGCGGACCAAAACGGAACCAUGGACAGAACGUGUUGACACUGUCGUCUUCAUUGGAUUCAAGUUUUACCGGUCUGCGGAGUGAAAGCAUCACACAACACCCACCAACAACCUGGAUAGUUAUCCYCUAGCAGAUCAACUGAGGUUCGAGGAAGAGAUGCAAGAGACAACAAGGAAGUAAAACAUGAGGAAAGCAAAUAAUUCAGAGUUAUAAAGCUGGAUUGAGAGAAGACCAGAGGAUAAAGAGAGAGAGAGAAGGGGUGAGUUUUUGAGCUGCAGUGUGGAGGUUGGAGGGAGGUCAUGGUGGGGCAGGGGCUGUGGGUGUUUAAGCCCCUCUUUGGGACGCGUAGGGGCCGGUUCGGAGUGGUGCCUGCUCUCUGUGUGCUGAUAGUCAGUGCUGCCCUGCUAGCUCUACUCUUCAUUGACUCCAUUGAGUCAUGGGCCACAUACAUGAAUAUGAACACAAUGGUAGAGGCACAGGGGGGGAUCAUACCCCCCCAGAGUGUCCCCCCAACRAGACCUGAGGAGUACCUCCUUAUGCCCAGCCCUCAUGUCUGCCAGCAUGCCAAGCCCUACCUCAUCACCAUGGUGACCUCCGCCCCAGCCAAUCAGAGGGCCCGCCAGGCCAUCCGGGACACGUGGGGUGGGGAAGUGGAGGUCAGGGGUCAUAGGGUAAUGACCUUGUUCAUGCUCGGGGUGGCCUCUGACCCCGGGCUAGCCAAGCUGCUGAUAGAUGAGUCCUGGGAAAGAGGGGACCUGAUCCAAGGGCGCUUUUGGGAGUCCUACUCUAACCUGACRCUGAAGACCCUAUCGAUGCUGAGCUGGGUCCGACGCUUCUGCCCCCAGGCCCACUUCCUGGCCAAGGUGGACGAUGACGUCCUGUUCAACCCUGGGGCCCUUCUGCGCUACCUGAACAGCACCUACGAGCARGGGGACCUGUACCUGGGCCGGCUCCACCUCCACGUGGCUCCAGACCGAGAACCAGGCAGUAAGCACUACCUCCCUAGAGUGGCGUACCCUGCCUCUGUCUUCCCCGACUACUGCAGCGGCACUGCCUACAUCCUCUCCCGCUCCGCCUUGCUCAAGAUCUCCUUGACGGCCGCUGCCUCGCCUCCGUCCACUCCUCUGCCCCCCGAGGACAUGUUUGUGGGUCUGUGUGCCCGUGAGGCUGGAGUGCUGCCCUCCCACUGCCCACUGUUCUCUGGUGGGCCUGUGGUGCCCUACGGGCGCUGCUGCUACCAGGCCAUGGUGUCCAUCCAUCACAUCUCCCCCAGCGAGAUGCUCCGGUUCUGGGCUGAUGUCCACUCCCCUCCCCCCUGCUCCUGGUUGGGUAUGCGUGCCUCCCUGGGGGUCUGUAAAGUCCGGGCCAUGCUGGGGACCUUUCUGGGGGUGGAGCAGGGGCUGUGAGAGUGUUAUUGCCAUUGUGGAUAGAAAAUACUAUUGUGUUAUGGGGGGCUGUGCCUCUGUCAGUAUUUCAAAACUGUGACUAGCACAAGCGGCAAGCACUUUAUUUCAUUAGCUACGAUGAGGAAUCACUGUGCAGUGUGAAAAUGUACUUUUUAAAUUUUUUAUAGACUUUUAGGAAUACUUUAWAUGUAUUUUACGUUGAUGAUUAUUACGCUAGCAUUUUGUAAAAACUGAAGCUAUAUGAAUCGGUUGAAGGGAAUUGGUGUGAAUAUAUUUUUAAGACUGUUAAAACACACCCACUACACAGACAUAUACUGUAGAUAUGAAAAUAUUACUGACCAGGAAACACGUAACAUACAGGAGAUGCUAAUGUCAGU